CCGUGGUUGAGGCCUAAUCACUCUCGCCUCCGCUCACAGGGUGCCUCUCGCCUCUGCUUCCUCUCCUCCAGGCGGGGGGAAGAGAAGACCACCUGCUCGACCGAUAUCCUCUCCUCCAGUCCUCCUCGGUCUACUUAGAGGAGUUUUUCUUUUUGUUGAGAAUGAAGCGCAUGCAAAGAAUGCCAACGAGGAAGUCCCAUUCAUGGUGGUGGGACAGCCAUAUUAGCCCCAAGAACUCCAAAUGGCUAGCUGAGAAUUUGGAAGAGAUGGAUAAACAAGUUAAAGAGAUGCUGAAGCUCAUAGAGGAUGAAGGUGAUUCUUUUGCAAAGAAGGCUGAGAUGUAUUACCAGAGACGGCCUGUGCUUGUAACCCAUGUCGAGAACUUCUAUCGCAUGUACCGUGCUCUUGCUGAGCGUUAUGACAACGUGACUGGGGAAUUGCGCAAGAAUCUUCCAUCAUCGCUGCAGUCUCAAGGCUCUGGUAUAUCUGAAACUGAUUCGGAGACACAAUCUACUUCACCAUCUCCAGAGCCCAACAUGGAACAGAAGACACCAAAGCAGAAGCACAAAACAAGAGCAGCUGGCUUUGAUGUGUUCCUUGGUUCUGGUGGAAGCUCAGACAUUUCCAAGAAGGGGAGUGAUGGAUCAUCUUCUUCUUCUUCAGAUUCCGAUUCAGAGGUUGAUGAACCAAGUGAAGAAAAUGGCAAUGGAUUUUCUUAUAUAAUGAAUGGACGGGUUAGCGAGCUAGAAGAGGAGCUUCAGGAAGCAAGGCAACAAAUUGAGGCACUUGAGGAGAAGAGCAGGCACUGCCAAUGUGAAAAACUUGAGGUGAGUCUCAAACAAGUUAGCAGUGAAAAGGAAGAUUUGGUAGCUACAGUUCUGGAAAACAAGAAUGAGAUUGAGGGUCUAAAAGGAGACCUAGCAAAAGUUACAGGAGAGAAAUUGCAGCUUGAGGCCCAGGUAAAGGAGCUUGAACAAGCAUCUCAUAGCUUAGAUGAAUCUUCUGCAGAGAUAAUGAAGUUACAAGAAAUAAUCAAGGAUCUGCAAGCAAGAUUGGAAAAUGAUGCAAAUGAGAAGGGCGUACUCGAGGAACGUGCCAUGGAGUUUGAGCAAGUUCGUAGGCAGUUGGAGGAUUCAAGGACUGAGGUCAUGGAGCUACAGGCUACAAUCAAGAACCUGAAAGAUGGCUUAGGGAAAAGCCUGCAAGAGAAAGCACUGCUUCAGGACCGUGUGAAGGAUCUGGAACAGGCAACUAGUGACUUAAAUGACUCUGUUGCUUCUCUCGUGGGCAAGUUGACAGCCACAGAGGAACAGCUUAAACAACUUCAUGCUGAGAAGGAAGAAGCUUCCCUCAAGAGUGAGGAACAAAUAUCUGAACUGAAUGAAACCAUUGCCGAUCUUAAGAAGAAGCUUGAGCUACUGUCCUCAGAGAAAUCUGCAGUUGAAAACAAAGUGUCCAUUCUGCUGAUUGAUGUCACUACUCGUGAUGAAAAGCUGAAGGAGAUGGACAGCCACUUGCAUCAGCUGCACCUGGAGCAUGUCAAGCUGCUCGAAGUAGCAGAUGCUGCACGGAAGACUGUGUCUGACCUGCGUGCGCGGGUGUGCGAGCUGGAGGAAGAGGUUGAGAAGCAGAAGCUUCUGAUAUCCGACAGCGCAGAGGGGAAGCGGGAGGCCAUCAGGCAGCUGUGCUUCUCGCUUGAUCACUACCGCCAUGGGUACCAGCAGCUCCGGCAGCUCCUACAGGGCCACAAGAGGCCCAUGGUGAUGGCAACUUGAGCGAGUAGCUUGCGCCUCGCGGGAUCCUUGUUCCCUGAUGUUAAAAUCGAUAUCUUGGUGUAAUGUGAUUUGUCGAUGUAAUUUGUGCAACUCCUUUCCCCCUUCCCCUUCUUCCUAUAUAAUUUGAGCGAAAUUUGGCUAUGCAGUUACUUGAGCUAUUGAGAUACUCGUACUAUGUGGCGUGUAAUGUAAUGAGCUAUUCAGCUAUGCGUAGUUUGCUUUGCUGUUACAUCGA